AUGUUGUCAGCUAUCAAACCUCCAAAAUGUGUUAUCAAUGAUCUGCACAAAAUAUUUGCAAGAUUCUUCUGGAAUAAUAGUGAGGAAAGCAGAAGAAGACAUUGGUCAUCAUGGUUGAACUUGUGUAUGCCAAAAGAGGAAGGAGGAGUCGGCUUUAGAUAUUUGUUUGAUAUAUCUAAAGCCUUAUGUGCAAAAAUUUGGUGGAAAUUCAGGACAACAAAUACUCUAUGGGCAAAUGACAUGUGGAUCAAAUACUGCAAAAGGCACAGUCCUCAGAAUGUUCAGUGGAAGGGAGGUUCUCAAGUAUGGAAGGCAAUGCUAAAGGCUAGAGAUAAUAUAGAACAUGAAAUAUGGUGGGAACCAAGGAAUGGAACUACAAAUGAUGGUUCGAACAUAGGAAGAUUGCAGCAAUUAUUCCCCAUGGACAUUGUAGAUCAUAUAUUAGAGGAAUUGCACUUUCAUGAACCAACAGAAGAGUGGGACAGGCCAAGAUGGAUGAUGACAGCUUCAGGCAAAUUCACAGUAGGUACUACAUGGGAACUUCUGAGGAGAAAAACAUCCAAGUCAGAUGUCUUUAAGAACAUGUGGAUAUUAGGGGAAAUGCUGCUACAAAAGUUUGGACAUAUGCUUAAACUGUUGUUGGCAUCACAACACAGUUUUAACAAGUCAAACAGGUUCUUCAGGUCUGGUGGAAUGCAGAUUGCCCCUCAAAGUUCAGAACUAUAUUCAGAGCUAUUCCAAUGGUUACCAUGUGACAGAUAUGGAGGUGGAGGAAUACAGUUCUACAUGGAGGGAAGAUGUUCAUUAACAAAACUGAGGUUUCCAUGGCAGCACAGCUUACCAAGAUGCAUACCUCAAAUCCUACAAGUUUUUGAAGCAUACAAGCCAAGAAUUGUGAGCAAGAUAGUGAAAUGGGAAUUUCCUAUGCCGAGGUGGUUCAAAUGUAAUUCUGAUGGAGCCUCUAGGGGAAAUCCUGGACCAAGCUCUGUGGCCUUUUGUAUGAGAAAUGCAGUAGGUGAUUUACAGUUUGCAGAAUCAAGAAGAAUAUCAGAUGGUUCAAAGUUGCUGGCUGAAGCAAUGGCACUACAGUGUUCAUCAGUUUGA